AGCCUUUAACAUUUUCAAUUUUCAUUGUAUUUCAAACAAAUUUGUGUUGUCUGUCUUCCUAUCGCAGAAAAUUAUAAUAUUGAUUUGGAUGAUAACAGUUAGGAUUUUUUUAAAAAUAAUCUAUAUUUAUGUACAAUAAUUGUUUAUGUAGAAUGUUUUUAAUUUUCAAUUAAUCAAGGUUACUAACACACUAACACCAUUAGGACUUCCAAGGUGGUCUCUUUUCGACUACCAGUUUCUUGGUGAUAUAACUUCCUAAAAAUGGCUAGCUUUGCUGCACAGGCUGCAAUAAGAUCAAAAUGGACAGAUUUAGUAGAGUCUUCAUCUUUUGAAGUUCCAGGGGAAGUUUCUUCUGGCGUGAGAUCAGUUGUUGGAUGGCUAAAACAGGCUUCACUGGAGGUGCGACAGGCGGGUAGGCGGACUCUCAACAACCUGUCAGGCAAUAACAUGGCUGCCACCGUCACAAUAUUGCACUACAACGAUGUCUACAACAUAGAGUCAAGGUCGGAGGAACCUGUUGGAGGAGCUGCCAGGUUUUGUUCAGUGAUCAAAAGUUUUUCUCAUCUCCAGCCAUUGGUUCUAUUUAGCGGUGAUAUCUUCUCUCCGAGCAUGUUGAGCACUUUUAUCAAGGGUGAGCAGAUGUCCCAUGUUCUCAAUGAAUGUGGCACUCAUUGUGCUGUUUUUGGCAACCAUGACUUUGAUUUUGGGCUCGAGGUGUUGAGCGAGCGAGUGAGUGAGACCAGCUUCCCAUGGCUCAUGUCCAAUGUGAUAGACAACGAGACAGGUCGCCCACUGGGAGACGGCAAGAUUACACAUGUUGUCGAUUGGAAUGGCAAGCGACUAGGACUGGUGGGACUGGUGGAACAAGAGUGGCUGGACACCUUGGCAACUAUCAACCCAGAUGAAGUCACUUUCUUGGACUUUGUGGAGGCCGGGAAGAAACUGGGGGCACAACUCAAGCAGGAGGGCUGUGACUAUGUGAUAGCGCUGACACACAUGCGGACACCCAAUGACAUCAAGUUAGCGGAGAACUGUGCCGAGGUGGACCUGAUAUUGGGCGGCCACGAUCACGUUUAUGAAGUCCAAAAGGUGAAUGGCAAGUGCGUUAUAAAGAGUGGAACAGACUUCCGACAGCUAUCAAAGAUCACACUCAAGUUCCCUGGUACGUCAGAUCCAGAGACAGAAGUGGAGGUGGAGGUGGAGGAGAUCAAUGUCACCUCAGACAUUGUGGAGGAUCCAACACUUAGUAAACUAUUGGAGAAAUACAGUGAUGUGAUGGUGGGUAAGCAGUCCGAAGUGUUGGGAACGUUCUCUGUUCCACUGGAGGGCAGAUUUGAGUGUCUUCGGCGUGGAGAGACAAACCUUGGUAACUGGGUGUGUGAUGUAGUGUUGGCGGCAACUGGUGCAGAUCUUGUAUUGCUCAACUCCGGCACAUUUCGCAGUGACAGAGUACAUCCUGCUGGACCCUUCACACUCGGAGACCUGGUUAAUGUUGUGCCCAUGAGAGACCCCGUCGUCGUUCUUUCUGUCUCUGGUUCGGGUGUACUGAAUGCACUCGAAAAUGGUGUCUGUCAGUAUCCCAAGUUAGAGGGCAGAUUCCCCCAAGUGGCUGGGGUUAGUUUUGCAUUUGAUCCUGAGCUGCCCCCGGGGUCACGGGUAGACCCCCAGCUGGUGCGUAUUGGGGACGAGUACCUGGUACCCACCCAACAGUAUCGCCUUGCUACUAAGGCAUACCUUCACACCGGCUGUGAUGGCUACACUAUCUUCAAGGACGCUCCUGUUUUGGUGGAUGAAGAUGAGUGUCCAGAGUUGGGGUUGGCCAUCCAGAACCAUUUCGAGGCCAUCAAGAUGAGGUUAGGAAAGACCAAGCGGACCAGCAAACACAGACAAAGCCUCGUUACACUUUCCAGGAGACACAGUCUAGUGAAGAUGUUGGAUAGUAACGAGUUAGAUGGGCCUCCGCCACUGCGUCGCGCAUCUACCAUUGAGACUCCGACACAUGGUCAUGCAAUGCCCCGCCUCACACGGCGUGCAUCUCUAGAUGACUUGGAGCAUGACUCCUGCACUCUCACGCCCAGAGUGGAGCAGCGGAUUGUGCGGCUCACACCCCAGAUUCGUCAAGAGCUGCUUUUGGAACGGCAGAGAAUAGAAGCAGACUCAGUGAUCCAGGAAGUGGAAGAGACAGACUCAAUUUCACCACAGAACAGUCUCAGCAGGAACUAACCCACAGACCCAUCAGCUCAACUUGUCUCAUUUAUAAUUAGUUAUGUCCAAUUUCUGGUGUGCCUCGAGUCAUUGUCUUAGAAUACUUUAUCUUAAUUUUAUUUAUAACUAUUUUUAUUUUGUGUUAUGAGUAUUUUACUUUUAUUUUUUCUAUUGACGUUGACAUUUUCAGAUAUUUAUUAAUUUUUGUUAUUACGUUUAGAAUAAAGUCUUAAUUUAUAUUAUAAAUUUGAUAUUUGACUAAGCUUUAAAAUUAGCCAGUAAAUUAGUCUUAGUUUAUUUUAAAAGACAUAGGUCCUAGAAGACUAACAAUCCAUUUAACAGAUCUAAUUAGUCCACUACUUAUACCGUCACAUCAGCUUUAUUAGCAUUUAGAUGUUUUUAUUUAUUAACUAUAGUGGUUUGUUAAUUAUACACUUUAAUUGUGUAUAUUUUCUGUGUUAAGUCUAUGUUUUUAGAAAUUUUGAUCAUAAGCAAUUUUUUUGUGUUCAAUGUUUUAAAAGGCCUAAUUUAAAAGAAUACUUGUAAUGUUUUAAUACUCAAUUUUUCUAUAUUAACUGACAAUACUUUUUCUCCAAAUGAAAUCA